GCGGAGGGACGACGCAGAUUCGAUAGGGGCCGUCAGAUGUGCGGACUUUAACUCGGGGCUCGUGAUCCGAUACACCGCCGGAGACUGAGUUUCGACGAUGGGCCAAUGCUACGGCAAAACCAUUCCCACCAACGAAAAUGACCCCAACGGCACCAACGUAACUACAAUCACUACCGACGUCCACCAAUCUCAAACGACGCCGUCGCAGCAGGCCGGGCAGAACGGGGCCCGCAGCGUAAAGAACACGCCGGCCCGGUCGUCGAACCCUAGCCCAUGGCCGAGCCCGUACCCGCAGGGCGUAUCUUCCAGCCCUUUACCUGCAGGAGUGUCGCCGUCUCCGGCGAGGUCGUCGACUCCGGGGAGGUUUUUCCGGCGGAGGUUUGCGCCUCCGUCUCCGGCGAAGCAUAUAAAGGCGUCGCUAGCGAAGCGGUUCGGGAAGCCGAAGGCGAGUCCGAUUCCGGAGGAGGGCGGGGCGGAGCCGGAGCCGGAGCAGUCGCUGGACAAGAGUUUCGGGUAUGGGAAGAAUUUUGGAGCUAAGUAUGAGCUUGGGAAGGAGGUGGGGCGAGGGCAUUUUGGUCAUACUUGCUCUGGUAGGGGAAAGAAGGGUGAGCUCAAGGACCAGCCUCUGGCUGUUAAGAUCAUUUCGAAAGCCAAGAUGACGACAGCAAUAUCGAUUGAAGAUGUUCGUAGAGAGGUGAAGAUAUUGAAAGCUCUAUCUGGGCAUAAGCAUCUUGUAAAAUUUUAUGAUGCAUGUGAAGACGCCAAUAAUGUUUACAUUGUCAUGGAAUUGUGUGAAGGGGGGGAACUUCUCGACAGAAUUUUAUCUAGAGGCGGAAGGUAUGCAGAGGAAGAUGCAAAACACAUAGUCGUGCAAAUUUUAAGUGUUGUUGCAUUUUGUCAUCUUCAAGGCGUUGUGCACCGCGACUUAAAGCCAGAGAAUUUCCUUUUCGCUACUAGAAGUGAAGAUGCUGAUAUGAAGCUUAUUGACUUUGGUCUUUCUGACUUUAUCAGACCAGAUGAAAGACUUAAUGAUAUUGUUGGAAGUGCAUACUAUGUUGCGCCUGAAGUCCUCCAUAGAUCUUAUAGCCUUGAGGGAGAUAUAUGGAGCAUUGGUGUAAUCACCUAUAUCCUGCUAUGUGGAAGCCGACCUUUCUGGGCACGAACCGAAUCUGGAAUUUUCCGUGCAGUGCUACGAGCUGAUCCUAGUUUUGAUGAGUUACCCUGGCCUACUAUGUCUCUAGAAGCCAAGGACUUCGUAAGAAGACUUUUGAACAAGGACUACAGAAAAAGAAUGACUGCUGUCCAAGCCUUAUCUCACCCAUGGUUGCGAGAUGACAGUCGUCCUCUUCCUUUGGAUAUAUUGAUACAUAAAUUAGUCAAAUCAUAUCUCCAUGCUACGCCAUUUAAACGUGCAGCACUUAAGUCUCUUUCCAAAGCUUUGACGGAGGAUGAGUUGAUAUAUCUAAGAGCCCAAUUCAUGCUUUUGGAACCAGAUAAUGAUGAGCGUGUCUCUCUUCAUAAUUUCAAAAUGGCUCUACAAAGAAAUUCAACUGAUGCGAUGAAGGAGUCAAGGGUUGUUGAUAUCCUAAAUGCGAUGGAACCGCUUGCUUAUAGAACAAUGGACUUCGAAGAAUUUUGCGCAGCAGCAAUCAGUACCCAUCAAUUGGAGGCCCUUGAAGGGUGGGAGCAGAUAGCCUGUACUGCUUUUGAGCAUUUUGAACGGGAGGGUAACCGAGUCAUAUCAAUUGAAGAACUGGCAAGAGAAUUAAAUCUCGGCCCUUCUGCCUACUCUAUCCUCCGAGAUUGGAUCAGAAGCGCAGACGGAAAGCUCAAUUUCCUUGGGUAUACAAAAUUUUUGCAUGGUGUGACGAUCCGUAGCUCCAACACCAGACACCAUUAGUAUUAUUCUUUUCUCCCUUUUACCCUAUUUUUUUUUUUUAGCUUUUUAACAUAUAGUUUCUUGUAAGAUUCAUGGGUUUUUCGGAUGAUUUGCGGGAAUUUUAAUUUCGCUUUCUUCGGGCAGGUGGGGAUAAAGGAAAAUGUGUAUAAAAAAAUGAACAUGCUAGUGAAUCCAGUUGGGAAUUUCAAGCCAAUUUUUUAAAAGUCAAUGAUUUUCUCUCUUCUCGUU